AGCCAGCCAUGGAUGGUCAGGAGAUGCCUUCACCUUCCCGGACCGACUCCUCCGAGGAGAUCAGCUCAUCCCUGCACCUAACUAAGGGCAUGUCCAUCUUCCUGGAUAUUCUGAGAAGAGCCGAUAAAAAUGAUGAUGGGAAGCUAUCCUUUGAAGAAUUCAAGGCUUACUUUUCUGAUGGUAUUCUCAGUGCUGAUGAAUUAAGUGAGCUUUUUCACAAGAUUGAUACCCACAAAACUGACAACCUGGACACAGAAGAACUAUAUGAUUAUUUUUCACAGCACCUGGGAGAAUAUGAAAGUGUCCUUGCAGCCCUGGAAGACCUAAAUCUCUCAAUCCUGAAGGCAAUGGAUAAAACAAAAAAUCAAUAUCAAAACGCCUCAAAGCUGGAACAGUUUGUGACACGUUUUUUGUUGAAGGAGACACUGAACCAGCUGCAGUCUCUUCAGAAUUCCUUGGAAUGUGCCAUGGAAACUACAGAGGAGCAAACACGAUUAGAAAGACAAACUCCAGCAAAGCCAAAAAUGCUAGCAAUUCCAUGGGGAGGAAAACGAUCCAAUCGGAGGCUACAGAGGAACAACAGCUUUUCUCCAAAUAGCCCCCAGUUUAGCAUGGGCUUGUUAGAAGACGAUAACCAGUGGAUGACCCAGAUAAACAGACUCCAGAAACUGAUUGACAGACUGGAGAGAAAGGAACUUAAGAUGGAGCCUCUAGAAGAAGAGGUAAUAGAGGGAAACACAUCGCAUAUCAUGAUUGUUCAGCGCCAAUUAUCUGUGCUAGUGGAGGAAGGGGAAGAAUUCCGCCUGGCACUCAAACAGUAUGUGGAGUCCGUUUCGUCUCAGACGGGAUGUUUACAUGUUGCAGUGCAGAAGUUGUCGAAUGAGUCGCGCUUCAUCAUUUACGAGUUUUGGGAAAACAGUAACAUUUGGAAGAAUCACCUUCAGACUAAUUACAGUAAGACUUUUCAAAGGAGUAACGUUGACUUUCUGGAAACUCCAGAAAUCAUGACAACGAUGCUGAUACCCGCUUCGUGGUGGGUACUCAACAACAAUUAAGACCUCCAGCCCUUCGGUGAUGGUGGUAGCAAAUAUCCGAUUCAUUCUUCAGAGACCAGUACAGCUAUAUAUGUACCCUUGUAUGUCUGGUGAACAUAAAGUAUGUUCUGCACUCUGUACUAGUGUAAUAUCAUAUAUGAUUGAGGUAAAGCAAUCUAUAACAGAUCAAGGACCUCAUUAGGUGCAGGACACCUGCAUUGCACAAGAUAAAUUUGCUCUAGAGACAGCAGCACACAAACAUGGCUUCCCUGUUGGGCCACUUCUCCACAGGUUGCCCUUCUUCCUAAUGUACAUGAUUUUGUAAUGUUUCUCCAUUGAGUUUGUUUUGUAUAAAUGAGGGGUUUUUUUUUACUUGCAUUUUCUUUUGACGUUUUAAUGGUCGACUCCCCAGCCAUAUAAAUGUAAGGUCUGCAAGUGCAAUAAAUUGGAUGUUAGAAUCGCCCCUCAGCCAACAUUAUGAAAAGGGUGUUGAGUAUGCAUCCAAACAUGCGUUCUUCCUUAGGGAGACAGAGUAAGUUAUUUACAAUCACCGUGUUUAUUGCUUUGUAGGUUUGCACAGUAGCUUUAUGGUAACCUCUCCCCA